UCCUACUGCGCCAAGCACGUGCGCGGAGUGGAAACGGAGCUGUCAAAAAAUGAGAAAAAUGAAUAGUCCAGCGUAAAUGAAAGUGAAAUGCCGAACAGCCGGUAGUUCCAGGUGAUCUACUUUCCUCGUGGGCGUUGUCCCUCGCAAACGGCGUAUACUUUGCACUUGAUUCGUUGUUGCUACAAUGGGGGACAAUUAUAUCAGGUUAGAGAAUUAUGAGAUGCUGAAAGCAUUGUACGACUUUAAAGCAACAUUCGCUAAGACCCUGAGCUUUCGGGAGCACGACUAUUUUAUUCUGUACCAGACGAAUACCAAACAACGUAACUGGUGGCAGGUGGUAAAUAGUAACGGACAAGUAGGGUACAUCCCCUCGAAUUAUGUGACGACAGUGAAGGUGCAGCCACAGGUGCUGGUGGAAUUUCUGGAAGAGUGUAUAAAAAAGGUUCGGAGCGAAGGUGGCAAACAAGGCAUUGCUCUCGAAGCUGACAGGCAGGACCUGUUACUGAGAUUGAUCGAGAAGAAACGGCAGGCCGAGUCUAAUAGAAAGACUAAAAAGCAGGCUCCGGUGCCUCCAGAUUUUGGAAGCUCUGCACCGAGCAAAGAGUCGUCACCUCGCAAGACACAUGAUAAUUCGGAUGGAGACUCUGGAUCGGUACCGAGUAACGUCUCAGGAAGCACUGCGCAAUCUGGACCACGGUACGAAGGAGAUUCCAAUAAUACUCAGGUGCUGGACCAGAAUCGAAGAAUGUCCACAGAAGAUAGGUUCAGACAUUUUCCUAGACAAUGUUCGUCGGAGAUAGUUCAAAGGACGCAGCUCAAUGUCAGUGACACUGCACAGAAGAGUCCUUCUCACACCGUUGUGAAACAAACUCCCAGCUCCUCCCCGGUCAAAAGUUCUCCUGUUUCAUGUGACAUCAACUCUGCAACGGCUUAUCAAUUGUUGGACGAUGUUCGUCGAAAUACUCAGCUCAGUUACGAAAUGUCCAAAGUGGCCGUCACCGUAGUAGUCGCAAGCUUACAGGAAAUAUUCCCAGAAAGUGUCAGCCAUUACUUCGACCUUAUCCUGAACCAGCUCCAGUCUCCGUUAAAUGUGUCCAAAAUGAGUAUCGAAGAGACUUACGAUGCAAAUCGAUUGAAAGUAAUUUUCAAUGAACUCGCUUCCUGCAAGGAGGAUUCUCAACAGAGAAGUUGGAUGCUUUACGAAGAUGAGUCAAUCAUCGUGGAGUACAUCAAGGAACUCACAUCGAUACUGACCAACGCGGACGCGAACAUCUCCAGGUACGCGUUGAGGAUAGAUCAGUACAACGGAGUAACGACUUUGGUACAAUAUUACCAAAUGGAAGCGCGAUGGACCAUUCGACAACUGCUCCUACAGUCCUUCGGAGUCAUGUGCAGCCUAGACCCUGUAGUUCUUACAAUAAUGUUAAACAGCGUGCUACCAAUGGAACUAGCAAGAGAUAUGCAAAGCAAUCCCAGAAACGUGCCAAAGUUAAAUUACUCCUCUCUCCUGCUCACGAUGAUAUUUUCCAUGGGAGAGCCAAUGCCGAUCACUCACCUGGAGCAACUGGGUACGGACUUCGUCGUCUUCCUCCUGGAUCUCAUAGAGAACCCUCCGGACACGGAUCUAGAAGACCAGAUCCCGGACCUAUUUUUGAACCUGAUCUUAUCCUACAACCUGCAGUUUACGAAUUCCGAGAAUAUCGUGCUGACCGCCCUGAAGGAGCGAACCCAAGCGAAGACCUUCACCGAGAAGAUACUCUUCCUUCUGAACCGCGAAGAGGAUCCCGUUCGAAUAUUCGACCACCAGCCGGCACCUCCGCACUCGAUCCUGAAGCUAUUCGUCGACCUCUUCGGCAGCGAGUCUACGGCCCAGCUCUUCUACACGAACGACAUCAAGGUGCUCAUCGACAUCAUUCUGCGCCAACUGGUUGACAUCUUCCCAGGGACCAAGCGCAGACAGUACCUGGAGCUAUGUCGUAGAGUGCUGAGGACCUCCAACUACGACGAGCACCGGCAUCGUUCGGAAGACUUGCUGAAGUGCUUCACCAGAAUAUUCUGCGAGGAGACGUCGGAGAGCCAAGAGGACCAGCAGUUGGUGCGCGAGAUCGGGAACGAGUUCCCGCACCUCUUCCAGAUGUGACAUCUGUUGCAAACCUCGACCCCCGUGGUCGAGGUAAUGCGGACGCUGUCGAAGGAGCCCGAGGACGACGAUCUGCAGACCUUGGUUUAGGUCGCUCUCUUCGGCGUCUACAUCUAGGGAACUCGACUCCGGCAAUUUACCUAUCACUCUCUUCGGCUCGCACCGGUGCACUCACCUUCUACCUGCAUGGCACAAAGGAGUCGCGCACACGUAGCGAAGGCAUUCCCCGGUAGUCGUAGACCAAGGGACCAGGGUCAUCCUCUGGACCCCUGUAAAUCCCUGUAAAUACCGCGCGGGUGAAUCUCCACGAACCGCGUACAGGGCGGUACCACUGUCCAGUCUCUCGAAACGCUAUCUUAGUCAUUAGAAGGAACGUCCUCGUCGACGGCAAGAGAAUCCGAGGAAAGAAGACGUUCCUCUAAAUGCACGAAAAUGGCGAGCCGAUAGGGCCGCCUGUAUUCCCUGAAGACGAGGCGAACGGUUCUCCGAUUUAAGGGCCGAUCCAUGCGCAUCCAGUUUUAAAUCUUAGUCUAGUCGAUAAUCCGUAUAUA